AUGAGAGCUCGUUCAAAGUAUCUUGGAUCACGUCGAAAGCUCCUUCUUGCUUUCGAUGUCGGAACCACGUAUAGCGGAAUAUCCUUCAGUAUUCUGGACCCAGGCCAGUUUCCCGAGAUUAAAGGGGUUACAAAGUUCCCAGCGCAGGAUCAUAUUAGCGGUGCAUCCAAGAUCCCCACCCUGAUCUACUACGACCAGCAAGGGAGGGUUAAGGCUGUUGGUGCAGAGGCCAAGCGAGAUGGGAUUCUGGAACAAGCAAAUGAAGAAGGGUGGUCACGAGCUGAAUGGUUCAAGCUUCACCUCCGUCCCUCCUCGCAGGACUCUUCGACCCUUUCUGGCCACGUUCCUCCCCUCCCACGGGGGAAAACAGCGGUAGACGUCCUCGCGGACUUCAUGGCCUACCUCUUCUCUUGCGCAGCUGAGUACAUCCAGGAGACCCACGCCAAUGGGUCGGAUCUCUGGGCGCAGCUCCAGUCCGAUAUUUACUAUGUCUUAUCUCAUCCAAAUGGAUGGGAAGGCUUUCAGAGGCAGCAGAUGCGAGAUGCAGCCGUCAAAGCUGGGCUUGUUAAAGACGCCAAUGAGGCGGGUCAGAGGAUCACGUUUGUCUCGGAGGGGGAGGCGAGUUUGCACUUUGCGAUUCAUAAUGGACUGCCGAGUGGUGUCAUUGAGAACAAUGAGGGCGUCAUUAUCGUGGACGCGGGUGGAGGGACGAUCGACUUGAGCGCUUAUUGUCGUGUUGGGAGCAGCAAUUCGUUGGAUGUUUUCGAGGAAAUCGCCGUUCCUCAAUGUCAUUUGAACGGCUCGUUGACGGUCACCCUAAACGCCCGGGACUACCUCGAAGGCAAGACGACAAAACUCAGGUUCCGGCACGGUCAAGAACCGCAGUACAUCAAGUUUGGGAGCACACGAGACAAUGAUCCAGAGUUUAACAUACGAAUUGGGCAGCUGAAGCUGCAGGGAUCGGAUGUUGCAUUGUUUUUUGCUCCUUCAAUCGACUGUAUCGUCAACGCCGUCCUUGAACAACGGAGGACUGCUCACCGGCAUGUCUCUCACGUCGUCCUCGUGGGUGGAUUCUCUGCCAAUGACUGGCUGUAUACCCAAAUUUCCGCUGCUUUGAAGCAGAAAGGCGUCAAUGUGAUACGACCUGACCAACAUGUGUUCGUCAUCUUCAUUUCUUUUGGAUGCCUUGUGUUGCUCAGUAUGUGUGUCCGUAAUAGGGGAAAGGCUGUCUCCGAUGGUGCCCUCUCCUUUUACCUGGAUCACUUCGUACGCGCUCGAGUUGCCAAAUUCACAUACGGGCAAUUCUGUACUGUUCGCUACGACCCAUCCGAUCCCGAUCAUAUCCGCCGUUCGAAAGAUACAUUUACCUCGUAUGCUGGAGAACAGAGGUUAAAUGGUCAUUUCGAUGUCAUUCUCAAAAAGAAUACACAAGUCCAAGAAACUAAGGAGUUCCGAGAGGACUAUUGUCGCAAAACAGUCGACAAGAAUUUCUUUAGAUGUGUCCCAUUCAAGAUAUUCUGCUACAGAGGGAAGAACGUGGAUCCGAAAUGGAAGGAUGAGGACCCAGACUUCCUGGUGCACGCGCAAACUCUAAUCGCUCAUUCCGUUAAUUUUGAGUCUUCUCUUCGUAUCCGGCCUCCGAUCUGA